GGACUCUACUCAGCGCUCCCUACUUCUACUGUUCUAGGUAUCGUUCUUUAGAGUUGCACUUCUCCAAAUUGCUUUCUUUCUCUUUCUCUCCUUUCCUUGAGCAAAAUCCAAGUUUGUAGACCUUCUGAUUCAGUUACCGUUGGGCCUACACUUUUUGCAGUUCAAACGAUUUUCCGUCGAGGUUUGGCCGGAGAAUGGCAUAUAUGUGUGCGGAUAGCGGAAAUCUAAUGGCAAUCGCUCAACAAGUUAUAAAGCAACAGCAACAGCAAGAACAACAACAAGAGCAGCACCACCACCAGCAGCAACAGCUUCUUGGUGUCAGUCAUGUUACUUUAAACCCUUGGCCUAACAACCCCCACCAUGGCGUCUCCAACUCUCCCAUUCUCGGGUACGGGCUUUCGGGUCCAGGUUUCACUGACCUAUUUCAGGGUGAUACUGGAGAAGGGUUUCAGUUCCCUAACAUGGGGCAUCAUCAUUCGAGUGGGUUUCGAUUCCCGGAUUUUGGUGGUGGUUCGGGUGGUGAGUUUGACACCGACGAAUGGAUGGAUUGCUUAAUGAACAGUGGGGAUUCAACGGAUAGUUCAAAUCUGCCGUCUGGUUGUGAAGUAUGGCAGAACAAUGCUGAUUUUGGUCUUUACGGUGCUGAUCCAUUUAGUGCUUGCCCAAAUCGUCUCAGCGUGGCGUGUCCUACGCCGUCUGAUCUGAACCGAGUCAUUUUCCCAACCGAGGCACAGAAAAACCUUAGCCCUACUCUUCAGCCUCAGCACCAGCUACCGACGUGGUCCCCAUCCCCAUCCCCUCCGCCACCACCACCUCCUCAUGUAGCCGUUAAAGAAACCAAAGCAAGCAGUCCUCCGAGCCAGACCCCACUCACAAACGACGCCACAGGGGUCUCAGCUGAUUCCACCAAGAUCGAGUCAGCUCCCCCGCUUUUGAAAGCUUUACUCGACUGUGCUAGACUCUCCGACUCAGAACCUGAACGCGCGAUUAAAUCGCUGGUUGAACUCAGGGAGUCGGUAUCUGAACGUGGAGAUCCAACUGAAAGAGUGGCUUUUUACUUCACCCAAGCCCUCUAUAGCAGAGUCUCUCUUCCAGCAGAGAAAAGAUUGAAUCUGCUCGAAACGACGUCGGAGGACUUCACUCUCUCUUACAAAGUAUUGAACGACGCCUGCCCUUACUCCAAGUUCGCUCAUUUAACGGCAAAUCAAGCGAUUCUCGAAGCUACUGAGCGAGCAACCAAGAUUCACAUAGUGGACUUUGGAAUUGUUCAAGGAGUUCAAUGGGCUGCUCUUUUGCAAGCUCUAGCGGCCAGGUCAGCUGGAAAACCCACCCGAAUUCGUAUUUCGGGUAUACCUGCCCCGGUUUUGGGAUCAUCUCCAGCUCCCUCCCUUUAUGCUACCGGUAACCGUCUACGCGACUUUGCCAAGCUUCUGGAUUUGAAUUUUGAAUUCGAACCGAUUCUAACUCCGAUUAAGGAGCUGAAGGAGUCUUGUUUCCGAGUUGAUAAUGAUGAGGUAUUGGCUGUAAAUUUCAUGCUUCAAUUAUACAAUUUGUUAGAUGCCACUCCGGUGACCGUGGAAGCAGCUCUCUGUUUGGCUAAAUCAUUGAACCCCAAAAUCGUGACAUUGGGCGAGUAUGAAGCGAGUUUAAAUCGAGUGGGGUUCGUGAACCGAUUCAAGAAUGCAUUGCGGUAUUACACGGCCGUAUUCGAAUCGUUGGAACCGAACUUACCUCGUGAUUCACCGGAGAGAGUUGAAGUUGAGAGACAGUUACUGGGUGGGAAAAUCGGGGCGAUUAUUGGAGCAGAAGAAGCAGAAAAGCGAAGGGAACGGAUGGAAGAUAAAGAGCAAUGGAAGGUAUUGAUGGAAAGUGCAGGUUUUGAAACGGUAAGCCUUAGCCAUUACGCGAUAAGUCAAGCGAAGAUUCUGUUGUGGAAUUAUAAUUACAGUUCUUCGUAUUCACUGAUAGAAUCCAAACCUGGAUUUCUGACAUUAGCUUGGAAAGAGGUGCCUCUACUCACAGUUUCGUCGUGGCGUUGAUGAUGAUGAUUAAGGGGAUUGUUGGUAAUGAAUGAUGUAAAGUUUUCCACCUGGUCAUUUUUCUCUAGUGUGGAAUGGGACAGCUCUGGUGAAAAUUCAAGUGCAAUAUUUGAGAAGCUUCUUAGGUUAUUUCUAUCAUGUAUCAUCUUUAUUCUGAUAAUUUCUUUUUCUUUACCAUAUUAGUUGUUGGGUUUGGAAGUUUCAGCAUGACAAAAAUUGUAAUAUAUGGGGAAUGAAAGUGGUGGAGAGAUGCACAUUUCCCUUAGGUGUCAAGGGUGUUCGAUUCAAAUAAUGUUAGAUUGUUGGAAAUAUUGUAAAAUUUAGGCAGUUUGUUUGCCUCAUUAACAUUUAAAUGAUUAGAAGUGUUGUUUCGGAUUUGUAAA